ACACAAACAGAUAUCGUGCGAGUCAUCUUUUCCUCUUGACUUCGUCAUGCCAGGCUAUCAACUUUUUUAUAAGGAAUACCUGUUGAACUUUAUAAUAUUUGGAAUGGUGAUGCAUAAAAAUCGAAAAAUAUGAGCCACACGUGCUAAGUCUUAAUAAUAAUAACACUGAUUCAGCGAUUUUUAACCCUUCCUGAUUGUUUUAUAAUCCAUUUUGGAGUGUUUCGCUUUAACAUUGAUUGCGAGGCAGUUUCCUUGCAAAAUUUAAGUCUUAAAGUGUAUUUUUCACCCCGAUUUCUACGUUUCAACUAAGAAAAAUGUCUCUGUGCCGUCAGAAUUAUCAUGAAGAGUGCGAAGCUGGCAUUAACAAGCAGAUCAACCUUGAGUUGUAUGCAAGCUACGUGUACUUGUCGAUAGUAGGUUCGCUUUCUUCCCGCCGUCAUUUUUUCGAUACAGGUGGUCUAAAGUUUAUGUGUUUUUUCGCUCUAGGCCUAUCACUUCGAUCAUGACGAUGUGGCCCUGCCAGGAUUUCACAAAUUCAUGCUGAAACAAUCGGACGAGGAACGUGAACACGCUCGCCAGGUAACUUAAUCGCGAUGUUAAAUCAUUUUCAAAAUGUCAUCUAAGUCGUGUGGCCCCGUAGUUUGACUAAUCCGCACUAUCACUCGAUUUGUAGCUGAUGAAAUACCAGAACGAACGAGGAGGCCGCAUUGUGUUGCAAGAUAUCAAGGUAAGGGUGAAAAAAAUCGAAUUUGACACAAUCAGCAAUUUUGGAACGUGCCAGAGCUUUUCAACAGCUGUUUCAACUGGGUGUAACAUUACAUGAGAGGAGGUCGCCUUUCUCUCGCUGUUACUGUGCAAAUUCAUAUGUAAACAAUUUUUGUAGAUCGUUCGUUUUUUGGUUUUUCAGUGUCUAUCAGUAACUGUUAGAAAUGUUUGUUCUCUGGGGAGCUUGAAGGGUCAGCGAACACCUGCUGAAUGCGAGAUGAAACGUACACGCACUCGCCUCAGACUGAGUGGACUGUGACAGUACAAAUAAGAGCUUUAUCUAAGCCCCAUCAUUUUAAUUUUUGCAAUGAAAUUGUGUGACUGUUUCAUGUGUAAAAAUUCUGGGUGAUUCUCUUUUGCAUCCUCUUUGUUAUUAGUUGUAAGUUCGAGUUCCUUGCCGGGAGAAGAAAGUCAGGAAGAGCUUGGUAGUAAAUCUUGGCAAGACAACCCAAUAAGUAGCGUUUGGUGGCAGGGCACAGGGGGCAGGGGGCAGGGGGUAGUACAGUGCUGUACAGGACAGACACUAUUGUCUGUCCCCGCAGAGAAUUUUAACGACAGGAUUAUGACUGUAGUUAGUGUCUUCUGAUUAUCAGUGGUGAAUGUGUUUCAUGUUUCGUGUUACCUUUUGUAGAAGCCAGAAAAGGAGGAUUGGGGAUGUGGACUGGAAGCGUGCCAGGCUGCUUUGGAUUUGGAGAAGCAUGUGAACCAAGCCUUGCUUGAUCUGCAUAAGACUGCAGACUCUCAUGGUGAUCCCCAGGUGAGUUUUAUGCUACACAAAGCUCUUCAAGUGAGGUUGUAUGUCUCGUGGUAAAAUGUUGUGAGGAAUUAAAUUGUUUGAUGGCCAUUGUGACAAAUUGUAUGCGGACACUACACAUACAUACAUACAUGUUCUUUGUUUGGAGUCUUAUACAAUAAAUAGUAUAUCAACUAUUUCCAAAUAACUAAAAUUACUAACAACAAAAAUUUCUAACCAUAUAUGGCUAAUAAGGUUAUUAAUUAAUUAAGUCCUAAAGUAUUUACUUUUUGCCGUCUUCCCCUUUCCUUUUUUCAAAGCAUUCGAGUACGUGUAUUGCUAUUAGUUUUUGUGUUUUAGCAUUUCCGCUAGGGGGGUUUAUUAGAAACAUAAAUAUUUUGUUAGGUGACAUUCUGCUUAUUUUUAUUCCAUAUUCUUUUUCCAAAUAAUCUAGUAACGAUCAUCUUUUUUCCUGUUAAGCAGGGCAUAUAUUUAGAAAAUGGUAUUCGUCCUCCAUUUCUAUUUUACAGAUUGGGCAAAUUCUUUCUUCAGGUUUCUCAAACGGUUUCGAAUAGCAUCCUGUCUCUAUGGCUAAUUUUUGGUUGGUUAGUCGCACAUCUACACCAUGAUUGGGGGGGAGGGGGGGAGGGGGGGGUGGAAAGGGUUUCAAAUAGGCCAUUUCCGAGUUCCCGCAGGGCUCUGUUUCAAAACGAAGGUAGNAGAAAAAAAAAAAAAAAGCCGGGUGCACCAUGGGUAGCCAUAUCGGGGGUAUCAGGAGCCCAUGAUUGGCUCCUGGGGGUAUAUAAGGCUGCGCAUAUAUCACGUGUACGUCAUCUAGGCUUACGAACCAACCUCUCUUUGGUUUUUCUUACAUUUUUGUUUUAUUUAAUUUUUAGGAGCAAGCUAUUCUCGAUUACAUUGUAAAGUCCCGUAUGAAGGGCUUUGAGCUUGAGCCUUGGUUCCUACCCAGAUUUCCUGUCCGCAUUUUUUCUCUUCGGGAUUUUUUUGGGCAGGAUUUUCUGGCCUCCGUCUGACCGCAUUUUUUUCAGUUUGUAAGCGGUAGCUCAGCUGUGCUAGUUUUCAACUUUGUCCUUGUAUAGUUAUCACAGUUUUACACCUGCUCCUUUACUUGAUAUAUUUAGUUUCUAUGUAUGCUUAGGUCAGCUGUCCCGGAACCGCUCUUUAGGAGGCGACAUAAGUCUUGUUUGACGCAGUUAGAUUGCAGACAAUGUUACAGACCUCUAGCCAGGGUUGUUAUCCAUUUGUUUACCCUCAAUGUCCUGCCCUAGCCUUUUCUGGUAGCCUUACUGGUUAUUGGGCUACGUGCCUUGUUGGGUGCAUUAGUCAGGAUAAUUCCCAGUUUCCCUGGCACUCAGCCUCUGUGCUCCUGAAGUGUUCCCAGUCCCAGUUAUCCGUUGACCAGAGUUUUAUUUAGUACCCCCAGCCUAACUGACACUAAGCCUGCCUGCUUAUUUCGGGGAUUCAGGUCGAGAUCGACCAGUUAGUGUAGCAGUUCCUUCUUUUUGCUUAGCCUCUGUGCUCCUACCGUGUUCCCUGUGCCAGUUAUCCGUUGUCAGAGUUUUAAUAAGUUUCCCCAGCCUAACAGGCGGCCUAACUGGCACUAAGCCUGCGUGCUUAAUUGGGAGAUUCAGGUCAAGAGCGACCAUUUGUAGCACGAGUUUUUUCUUUUUGUGAAAUGUAGUUUACGAGUGUUGUACAUUACGUAUUCAAUAGUAAUCACCUAUUAUUGUAUUUACAUAAGUACUUUGUAGGGUUGGUUCUCCCCAAGCGGUCCCAAAAUAUACUUAUCUGCCUUUACGUUUUGUCUGUUGAUGUUGUGUAGUGGAGUCAAAAUACUCAUUUUCACAAGAAAGGUUGUGCACCUAGCCUCAUUUUGAAAGUGAGGGUUUUUGGAACUCGGAAGUGGCCUAUUGCAUUUUGCUGUAAUAAAGUUUAAUUUGCAUUUUUGCCAUUCUUAUUUGUAAGGGCUGCAUUCAGACUUUCAGCAUCUCAUUUGUCUCAUUCUUAUUUCUUACUUACAACAAUGAAAUUGACGUAACUUCUAGCCUGCGUACCAAGUGUUGCCGUGCGAGUUCGUCGAGAAAGUUGGGACGAGAGCAAAAAAAGGAAUGACAGGGCAGGGGGGAGAGAAAAGAAGGAAACGCUUCUCCCCUCAUCCUUUACAUCUUUUCUUUUUUUUCUCCCGCUCUAACUUUCGCACAAUAACUCGAUUGGAAAUGCUUGCUAAAUUUAAGCAAUCUAUUUGUGAGUUUCCCACGGUUUAUUGUUUGAUUAUCUCUUGGCGAUAUCGAGCUAAAAAAUAAGCUCUCCUUUCUCUGCUUUCGCGUGACUUCGCAAAAUAUUCAGUUAACUCACCAUUAUCACACUGCCCAUGAUGCACCUUGUUUAUCCCUCAAAAUUUUGCAUAAGCAUUGUUUUACUUUCUCUUGGAACGACUGUAAUCCUCAGGAGAAAUUGGAAGCAACGGUUAUGGUAAACAAGGUAUAUUAUGGGCAUUGACCACUCCAGAAAAUACCAUAACAUACCACAAAGCUCUUUGUUUGUCACCCCAAAAUUUUGCAAUAAGCAUUGUUUUCAGUUUCUCUUAGGGCCAUUUUAACUCCCAAGAGAAACUGAAGACAAUGCUUAUGCAAAAUUUUGGGGUGACAAACAAAGAGAAUUAUGGUAUGUUAUGGUAUUUCCUGGAAGUGAUCAAUUGUGAAAAGGCCCUGUCCACACCAACGCAUUUUCAAAAGUAUGCAUUUUCCUUGUCAUCAAAAACUCAUCAAUCAAUUUGCGUUCACACUACGGGUAUUAAAUAGCUCAAUCCUACUUCACCAGUCAAUAAGGUGGCAUAACUGUUUUUUCUUCACAGUUGCAAGACUUUUUGGAAUCAGAAUUCCUUGAAGAGCAGGUUGAAAGUAUCAAAGAGCUAUCAAACUUCGUCAACACCCUCACACGGCUUAGCAAGGAUAACUACGCUCUUGGUGAAUACCAGUUUGAUAAAGUAACUCUUAAAGGCGACAGCAAGGAAUAGACUUAACGCCUACUUGAAUUAGAAUUUUGUACUGGAAUAGGUCUUGAAUGUUUCUGGGACAUUGAGAAUUUCUAGGUUAGAAUAAUGCCAGAAUUUUAAGAAUUUUUCUGACAAAGCGGUAAAAUCUCGAACGUUCUGGAAUUAGUAAAAUCCGCGAUCGUCUAGCAUGUUUCUGAGAUAUUAAAACUAGGGUUAAGUUUUCGUCUUUUUUACAAUUUUUAUCUUUUUGUUGUUGUUUAACUACUUAUGAAAUACUUUAUACUCUAGUUUUGAAUUAAGCCCAUGAUACUUCAUUCUUUUUGUGACAAAUUUAUUUUAAAACGAAAAGUAGUAUUAUUGUUAUUGUUAUCUUCCACAAGACAAUAUGGCCAUUUAUACGAGGAAAAAUAAGACGCGUCUUACGUAAGACGCGAACUGGACCAUUUAUACGAGCAUGUCUUAACUAAUUCUUCUGUAUGCUUAAACUUACUUUUAAAGUGUAAGUUUAUAAUACGAAGAUAGCAAUUUGAUUAGUAAAUAUAAAUUGUGACAGUUUAAAGUUAAAAGGGUCUACUUACACCAGCAGAUGUCACGCAUUUGUCCAGGAGGUCUGUUAUCGCCUUCUCCUUACAUAAUAACCAGAAAUCUUUCUCCUCCGCGAUGGACCAAGUGUUUCUUUUUACCUUUAACGGCGAGCUCAUUGCAUUUGAGCGAAGAAAAAAAUAAAGUAGAAUAGACAAGAAAACGAAAACGCGUUGUAAUUUGUAAACAAUUUUUCCCCGCCAGUGGCCUGCCAGUCCAGCGCGGGGCAAGCGAUAAUUUUCCCGCCAAAAAUUAACACAUGCGUACUAUGCGUUCGUGUCUUAUGUAAGACGCGAAGGUCAGUUAUACGAAGUUUUCCUCGUCUUAGCUAAGACGCGUCUUAUUUUUCCUCUUAUAAAUGGCCCUAUUAUUUAUUGAUUAGCAAGGGUGAAGUGAUUAGUUUGUGAAUGUUUUUAAUAUCCGUCAUAGUCAAAUCAGAUCAAAUGUAACUUUCCUGUUCACCUUUUGAUCAAUAAAUGUCUCCGAAGCAAUCUGAGGC